UCUCUCUCUUCUUUCUUCUUUCUUCUCUGUGUUUUUCUGUACAAAACACCUCUCUCUCUCUCUCCCUCUUUCUCUUUCUCGUUUUAAUGGCGUGAGCGCGUACAGUAUCAAGCCGUAUCUCUACGCUCCAAUGAUCGUAUAAAUGGAAACGAAUCUCAUAUCCUUCUUCAUCUUUGCAUGCUUCACCAACUCCUCUGAAAUCCUCUCAGAAAAUGAGAUAAAAUGAGGUGAGAAUGGAAUUGAAUUUCCGUCAUCACCAUCAUCUGGUUUGGACGAUCGUCAUCAGCUCGAAUUCCUAGAAGGAAUGGUAAUCUCUCUCGGUCAUAUGGUCUGAAUCGAUAACUGUGGGUUUUGGGCUUUUGAGAUUGGUUUCUGGAUUCUCAGUUUCUUUGUUCCUCUCAAUCUGUCUCUGUUUUCCUCGUUCUGAAUCUUGAGUUAAGUCUGAGUUAAUAUUAGUAACGAAAAGAAUGAAGGAAGACGAAGAGCUUGAAAUGUUGUUGGAUGAGAUCCCUCAUGCAACAUCUCUCAAUCUUCGUUACCCCCAUCAUCAAAACAGUUAUCACGUACAUGCUAACGGUGGCCAAGGUCACAGCUCUAUUCCUGCGCAGAGAAUUCAUGGCUUGUGUGGGGAUGACCUUUCGUGUCGCCAUAACUCUAUGCGCAUCUCGUCUCCUUGUGGAAUCUCUCUACAUUCUGAAGGCUCAUCGUCGGGCUCGCUCUCCGGUGGGCUCUCAUCCUCUGACGAUGGAUCGACAAGUCCGCCUGAAACUAAAUCACAGGCGCCAUCUAGAGAUGCUUAUUACCCCAAUGGUUUGUGGUUGGAGUCGAAAUUGCCUAGCUCCACUGCUGUGAGGAACUCCGGCGAUAGCUUCAUCGAUGAACUCGGUUUGGCCGGAUAUCUCCGGAGAAUGCAUAUAAGGGAUGCAGAGAAGGAUUCAUCAAACGAAACGUUCAAGGUAGAGAACCCCCAUAGGCUUCAGUUCUACGAUCAUUCACCCAUUAGGACUAAACAUGGCUGUCUUGGACAGAAUGGUUGCCGUGAAGAUUAUAGAAAAGAAUUUUUUAAUCAUGGGGGGCUUCAAUUCUCUGCUUGUACAGGUCCCGUGAGUUUCGACGACGAGACGAGAUCUGCAUUGUUCAGAUUGCAGAGGAAUGGUAAUAUGGGUAAUUUAUCAGGGUCGAAUCCCUCUCCUGGUCGACAUGAGUGUCUGUUUCCUAGGCCAGUUCACUGUUCAGACCCACUGGAUUAUCCAGGGCAGCAUGUGGAACAGCAUGCGAGCAAUGAAACCUUAUGUAAUUUAUGGCUCCCAACUGAAUCAGCUUUUGGUAUGAACUGUUAUGACAGAGGAACUCAGUUACUGAAUGUAGCCCCUUCUGUGACUAAGGCUUUCUCUACCGAUGCUUUCCUCUCCACGCAAAGAAAUAGAAUGCAUUAUAGCAGAGACAAGGUUCUGUUGACUUCACUAAGUCCUUCUCAGGUGACAGACCCAAAGCUGUCUUUAGAUGCAGAAGGCUUAAAAUGGUAUAGCCUCCCAAUGUUCAGUGAAAGGGCAGCAGCACUCCCAAAAAGUGGGGUCACUCAGUAUCUUCCCUCAGUCAGAAGUAGCCCAAAUAUUGAGAUGUUUAAUUGUGAAGAUAGCUUAAUCCUACAAGGAAAAGGGUUGAAUUAUGUGAUCAACAAUGGCACCGAUCAGUGUUGGGGACACAAAAAUGUUUCCUGCAAUGAGAUUAGUACAGGACAUCCUCAAGAAAAGAGUUGCGACUCAGAUUGUCAAUCCCAUUUUGGAGGGAGUCCUGGUUUCAAGUGCAAGAAUGGUCAUAAUCCAAGUAUUUAUUGUCCUUUUAUUCUGCCACCAAAACUCAAUUCCUUGAUGGAAGUUCAAGGUUAUAUUUACUUCAUUGCGAAGGAUCAGCAUGGCUGUCGGUUCUUACAAAAGAAAUUUGAUGAGGGGACUACUGAAGAUGUUGAAAUGAUAUUUGAUGAGAUUAUUGUGCAUGUUGUUGAACUUAUGAUGAACCCAUUUGGGAAUUACCUUAUGCAAAAGUUGUUGGAUGUGUGCACUGAAGAACAGAAGAUGCAAAUUCUUCUUAUGGCAACAGAAGAGCCGGGCCAGCUUGUCAAAAUCUCUUUAAAUACUCAUGGCACACGGGUGGUUCAGAAGUUGAUUGAGAAUCUCAAAACAAAGCAGCAGAUUUCGAUGGUUAUUUCGGCCCUUGAACCUGGUUUCCUUGAUCUCAUCAAUGAUCUGAAUGGAAACCACGUGGUCCAACGUUGCUUGCAAUGCCUUAGCAAUGAAGAUAAUAAGUUCAUUUUCAAAGCCGCUUCAAAAUAUUGUGUUGAUAUAGCAACCCAUCGGCAUGGGUGUUGCGUUUUGCAACGAUGCAUUGCUCAUUCAACUGGAGAACAUAGAGAAAAAUUGGUUGCAGAAAUUUCCACCAAUGGACUUCUUCUCGCUCAAGAUUCUUUUGGAAAUUAUGUCGUUCAAUUUGUCUUAGAGCUAAAGAUCCCAACCGCCACUUCCUACUUAAUUUCUCAAUUUGAAGGGAACUAUGUGCACCUGUCAACACAAAAGUUUAGCAGCAAUGUUGUUGAAAAGUGUCUCAAAGUUUUUGGAGAGGAUAACCGAUCAAGGAUCGUCCAUGAAUUUCUAUCUUAUCCACACUUUGAACAGUUGUUGCAAGACCCUUUUGCAAAUUAUGUGAUUCAAUCUGCUCUUGGAGUUACUAAGCCAGGGUCCUCUCCAUGCUUCAUUGGUGGAAGCCAUCCGUCCCCACGCAGCAAUUUUGCACACCAGCCCGUAUUGCAAGCGUAUUUUCUCACGCACACUUUUGAAGAAAUGAUGUACAUUCUCCCCAUGGUAAGGGGCAUCGUUGUGCUUCACCAUCAGUACUACUCUAUAACUAUCGGAUUUAGGAACUGCAGCCAUAAGAGUCUCUUGCUGGUUAUUCUUUGCAGGAUUGGAUGGCUCAAGUUGAUUAGAUAUGGUUUCCAUGAUUUCUGUAUAGUGUAAAAGAUAAGAAUUUUUGCUUCUAGUUCAUAAAUGUGGACAGUGAUAUGUAUUAUUGUCAUGGAAAUUAAAUUUUGAAUAUUUUUAUCUUCUAACAAUGGAAUAGUUGUUCUAUGACAUUGUAAAUGGAGUUGUCUACCCACCAUUUUUUUUAUGAAUUCAGUCUAGUUACCAUCUCCUAUUUAUAUUGAA